UUUUUUUUCUUCCAUGAGUUUAUUUUGCUCAAGUUCUGUUCAGGGAUCUGCCUUAUAUUCAGGCCUUGGGCCAUGCUAAAAGCAUCAUAACAAUAGAAGUACUUCUAAGUGUUAAUAUAUGAGAUUUGAGGAGGUUUAUAUUUGUGGGGGAGGGAAGUGAAGGAGGAUGAAGAGCAGAAAGAAAACUCUACUUCAGUAGUUAUGGGAAAAAAUCCCCAAGUACAACUUGGCAUGAUUUACAGAAUUUCUGUUACUAUUUUUUAGGAAAAGAAGUUAGUCUGUUCUUAAACUAAAUUAGUCUGACAGUCUUAAUGGGGGAUACUGAUGGAAGGAUUUUUUCACUCUACUUAAGGGAUUCUUAAAACAUAUUCUUCAAAGAAACAGUGGCCUUGCAGAGUGAAAUAAAAUAGCUUCUAGCUCUCCUCUUCAUCACUCAAUAAUGUAUGAAAAAGCUGAAAAUGCUUUAUUUUAUUUCAGUAACAUGAAAUGUCAGUCCUUGUUAUUUCUUUGUAUCACCUGGAAAAGUCUUUAGUGAUGUGAGAUAUAUAUGGUGAAGCAUCUUCAACUUACAAUGUGAAGUGAAAUAGCAAAAGCAUCUAAAAAUUUUGACAAUGACAUCUCUACUUGGAGUACUGUGUCCAGCUCUGGAGCCCUCAGCACAGGAAAGACAUGGUUCUGUUGGAGUGGGUCCAGAGGAGGGCCACAAAAAUGAUCAGAGGACUAGAACACCUCUCCUAUGAGGACAGACUGGGAGAGUUGGGGUUGUUCAGCCUGGAGAAGAGAAUGCUCCGGGGACACCUUACUGCAGCCUUUCAGUACUUGAACGGGGCUUAUAAGAAAGAUGGGGACAGACUUUUUAGCAGGGCCUGUAGUGAUAGGACAAGGGGUAAUGGUUUUAAACUAAGACAGGGUAGGUUCAGACUAGAUACAAGGGAAGAAUUUUUUUACAAUGCGGGUGUUGAAACACUGAAACAGGUUGCCCAGAGCAGUGGUCGAUGCCCCAUCCCUGGAAAUAUUCAAGGUCAGGUUGGACGGGGCUCUGAGCAACCUGAUGUAGUUGAAGAUGUCCCUGCUCAUGGCAGGGGGGUUGGACUAGAUGAGUUUUAAAGGUUCCUUCCAACCCAAACUAGUCUAUGAUUCUGUGAUCUUUCCUUCUUCUUUCAUAGGUUUUUGAGUAAAUAUGUGUGAAUACAACUUCUCAAUAUCAUCUGAACACUUCCUUUCCUUUUUUCUUGUCUAUCUAUUUAGCUUUUUGUAAUUCUGCAAUCCUGUAAGUACCUGCUAUUUGUUUCAAGUGAAAGAAUGUUAUUUUCCAGGAAACUGUAAUUUUGCGGUUUCUUGCUCUUUUUGCAUAAAGUGUGAAGAUAAAAAGCUGCGGUUGUCUUCUGUAAUCAUGAAAAGCAGAAUGAUCUGGAGUUCAGACAAACUGGAUUUUUUAAAGGAGAUUUCUUCCUUAGCCUUCUUAAAAGAUCCUGUUUGUAGCACAGUGUCAAAACAUUUUUUUUUAAGUCCAUUGAAAGGGAGGUGAACAGUGACUCAAGGCAGAAACAAGAAAAAUGGAGGUGAGCACCGGAAACCAGCAUUGCUGCUGAAGGAAAUAUGCAAAUGCAUCCUCUAUCUCAUCUCAUCUCAUCUCUCUCUUUCUCUCCCCAUUUUUCUUGGUUCCUCUCUCUGAUCUGCUCCCCCUUAUCUUGCCCAAAAGUUAGAGGUAUCCCCUUGCUUUGACAGGUGGAGGACCGUGCCUCUUUGGAGGUUUCUUCUGCCCUUUGAUGCCUUUUUGCAGUGCUAGUUAGUUUGAGUGGAGCAUUGCAGGCUGUAUGUACCGAGUAGUUCAGACGACGGGACCAGAUGGAAAAAACCUUCUGAAAUUACUUCCAAUUUCUAAAUCUUCUGGAAGCUUUGUGCCAAUAGUUCAGUCUUCAGCCAUGCCAAAUAAUUCUAAAGCGAAUAUUUCUAGUCCAGUCCAUCUUACUUUUAAGACACAGCUUGCCAAUACUACUGCACCUUCAUCUGUUAAGAUACCUGUUUUUCAGUCUCCUAAUCCUGGAAAGAUUAUUCUUACAAGGACAUUAGACAAUCAGGAAAGUGUUAGGGCAGGUUCUGAAAGAGAAAGCUUAAUUCCAAAAUCAGCUGCUAACAUCCAGAGCAGUUGUGUUUCAGUUGAUAGACUGUCUUUGCAGAACAUUGCUGUAACAAGUUCAUCUAACCAGAGUAACACUGCAUACAUGUUGGUAAACACAAAAAGUCUUCCAGUUACUGUGAAGUCUCCAGUACUGCCCUCUGGCCACCACCUCCAGAUACCAGCUGAUGCAGAAGUGAAAUCUGUCCCAGCUUCUUUUUUACCACCUGCAAUACAGCAAAAAAUACUUGCAGCUGCAGCAACAAAUGUGUCUGGAGGAGCUGACAGUACAAAAAUGCCAACUGUUAUAUAUGUGUCACCAGUGAACACAGUGAAAACAGUACUUCCCAAGCGUUUGCAAGCCAUUUGCCCAAAACCUGCCACAGAAGUUUCAAAAACAUUAAUAAUGACAGCUACACAAAAGGGAAAUAGUUCUUCUCCUGAGACAGUAACAUCUGAUGGUCAGCAGUGUCAGCAAACGCCAAUGAAAUGGAUUGUGCAAGAAAGUCCACAGUCAUCAGCGCCUUGCCUUAUUCCUGUAAAGUCAUCUAAUAAUAUGGCUUCCAAGAUCUUGAAAACUUUGUCAGACAUGAAGAAUGUAGAAGCUAACUCUGCAAAUAUUUUACCACUCUGUUCUAGUGGUCCUGGUGGAAGCCAAACAAAAAUCACACCUAUUAAAGAUAAUGCUCUGGUCAUGUACAAUGGGAAAGUCUAUUUGUUGACCAAAAGAGGCUCUGAUGUUCUGUCAGCCCAAGCUGACAAACAAGCAUCUUCUUCUUCUGAUGCUUCACUUAAAAAGCAGACAUCCAAGCUAAUUGAUUCUACUGCAGUCAAUAAAAUAACCAAUAAAGUAGUGAAUCUUGUAUUGUCAAAAAGCAAAGGAAUGGUGCUGUCUCAGAAAGAUCCAAAACCAUGUACAAACUCAAAAAUUUCUUCACCAGCUGGCUUAAGAAAUGAUUUAAAAUCUGCACCUGCAGCUCUGGUGACACCAAGUGCUAAUCAGCAGGAUUCCACUGUAAACCAGAGAAAGAGUUUGCCCUUCACCGAGAGCAUUUCAAGUGGAGUGACCCCUAUUACAGCAGUAGGGACACAGGAAAAUGUAUGCCAAAAUGGCAAAGAAAAGAUUGAUUCCCCCAAAGCAGCAAGUGCUGUUUUACCUCAGUCUAAGCAAGAGUGUGCUUUCAGUGAAGACUGGCAAAAGAUCCAGUGUGAAAAGAUGGAUUCACCGGGAAAGGUUAUUAAAAUCAAACACCAAGAGAAGCCACAUUGGAAACAAUACUUGGAAUUAAGGAAAAAAUUUGGUCUCUCUAAGGAGGAGAGAGUGUACCUUAAAAGAAUACCAUUAAGGACCCCCUAUGAGAAACCAGAAGAAAGGGUUUGUUCCAGUAACAGCUUGAAAAGGAAAAAUGAUUCUUGCAGUUCUUCAUCGUUAGAUGUGGAAAUAACAAAUCAACGUCAGGAAUGUGUUAAAGAAGAAAAGAUAAUUGUGGAUUUGGAAGAGGAUUUGACUAAGAAAAGAAAAAUAAAAUCCUCACCACUGUCAGACAGUGGAAAGAGAAGGAAAACUUCAGUCAAAUCAACCACAAGUCCAAGUUCAGAAAAUACCAGCUCAAGUGUCAGUGUACUUAACAGAAGUGUUUCACCCCCACCAGUCUUACCGCAGCAAAGUAUUUCCACAGACUUUGUUACAUCGUCUCUAGGGAGGGACUCUGAGCAAGACCCAUACUCUCAAUAUACUGACAUUACAGACUUAAGUAUUCCAGUUUUAGUGUCUUGUGAAGGUGAUACUUCAGUUCUUGAAGGUUCUUUCCGAGAUGAUGCUUUCCCUUUGACUCCCCCAGACUUGGAUGAAACAAUACGGGAUGAAAAAAUAAAACGACUUAAACAGCUCUUAAGAGAACGGGAAGCGGCACUUGAAGAGAUGCGUAGAAAAAUGCAGCAAAGCUGAAAUACUGAAGCUGGUGAUCUGGACCAUGUUCAUCUUCAUUUCAGUGACUUCAAGAAGAAAUUCCUUGUUUAAACAAACGUGAAUAUUUCUGGUAGAUGGAAGAUCUUAAUGAGGUUUACAGUAUGUGUGUAUUUAGAAGAGUAUUGGUUUCUUGUUAAAUACCAGAAAUAAAAGACUUGGACCAUCAAACUCUGCUUCUGGGACAUUAUAUGUAUCAAAGAAUGCAGAUAGGCAUUUUUAUUAGUCUGUUCUUUAUAUUUUGAAUUGAGGGGUUUCUGUAUUAGUCCUAGCAAAUAAACUUUCCCACUUUGGAAUUCCAUGGCCUAGCUCUUAGAAACUGAAUGUAAAUUGCAAACCCCAACUGGAGAUAUUUUUUUGUUUUCCUAAUGUGCAUGACAACUUUUGUGAAUUCCUGAGAACUGUCAAUUGUCAUAAAAGGUCAAUGGUCAGUGUUUAAUAAAUGCUAUUUAAGUGAUCUUGGCGUUAGACUUUAGGCAGUAAUAAUGCAGAUAUUUAUACAAAACCUCUUACAGGUGUGAAGACAGAAGCAGUAGAAACCCCUGCUGACAGUUAUCUAGUUAUGUGUCUCUUACUGUUAUUAUUGUAAGCCUUUAUAAGGCCUUUUGCCAGCUGUGCAAUGUUGAAGUUCGGUUGUGAGGUUAUUUUUUGCGGGGGGAGGUGCAUUUUUUUUUUAAACAGAAUUAUGUUGAAUAAUAACUUAUUGAAGCAAAAAAGGCAUAUUUCUUUAUCCAGGGGUGAUAUCUUCAAUAAUUCUUGAUGAGUAUCUUUUA